CUCCCUCCUCCUCCUACUCCGACUACUAGCAAAGCAAACCCAAGCAGAGAAAGCAGACUAGCAGAGCAACCGCGAGUCCGCCAAGCCGAGAAGCGCGCACCACACCUUCGCCGGCGAGCGAGAUCGAUGGACCUCCUCGAGCACCCGUUCGAGGCCGUCGCGUUCCGCCUCUACUCCCUCCCGGAGGCCUCCGCUGCCACCGGCGCCGCCGCGUGGACCUGCCUCGCCGCGGUCCUCGCCGCUGCCGCGGCCGCGGGGCUCUGGCGCCUCCGUGCCUCCUCCGCGCCCACCGCUGUCGCCACCGCCGCCACGAAGCCUCUGGAGCUGGAUCCGGCACCCGCGGAUGAGGCACCGACUGCGCCGUCCUGCGCGUCGGAGCCGGCCGCGGCGCCGUCGCCCAAGGAGCGGUACACGGCGUACUACCGCGACCCGUGCCGCGUCGGGUGCUGCGACGACGCGGGCGACGAAUACGCCCGCGGUGACGACGACCGGGAGGAUGAAGCGGAGGAGCACGACGACGACGACGACGCAGGCGCGUAUCGGACUCGAUCGAAGACGACGACGGGCCCUUUCGGAUGGGACGAGGUGGUUCGGUCGCUGCCUCUCAGUCUCAGCCCGUCGGCGGCGAAGGUGGAGAUGGGGCUGGGGCCGUACCGUAGCCCGACGGCGCUCGGCGGCAGCGUGGUGCAGCUGUGGGACCAGGUCGCGGGGGGCGGGUUGACGCCGACGUCGAGCCCGCGGUGGAGGAACCGAGUGGCCGCCGCCGCCCCGGGCUUCUGAAGCCAUCAAAAGUAGCAAUAAAUUUGGCAUUUUUGGUCGGGGAAGAAAACAAACAAGAUUCCGCAGCUGUUAACCGCUCUAGCUAAACCUGUACCACCAACAUGUAAAUACGAUCCCGCAUUCGCCUGAAGCGCAUGAUGAGCUCCCGAUCGCAUUCAACUCAAUCGUCCGGCAGCUUAAAAUCAA